AGCAAAAUGCUGCUGCUGGUUCUGCUGGUCUUCUCAAUGCCUGGUGCAUCCGGUAACUCGGAUUCUGACCUCUCCGCGGAGACCUGCAGCGCCUGCUCCUGCAUGUCCAUCGAAAACGUCCUCUAUGUGAACUGUGAGAACAUUGCUGUGUACAGACCCACCCAGCUGAAGCCCCCUUCCUCCAGCCUCUACCACCUUAAUUUCCAAAACAACCUAUUGAUAAUCCUGUACCCCAAUUCAUUCCUUAAUUUCACACAUGCAGUGUCACUGCAUCUGGGGAAUAACAAACUGCAAAGCAUUGAGGGAGGGGCCUUCCUCGGACUUAGUGCAUUGAAACAGUUGCACUUAAACAACAAUGAACUGAAGGAGCUGCGCGCUGACACUUUCUUAGGAAUUGAAAACUUGGAAUACAUUCAGGCUGACUACAAUUUAAUCAAGUUAAUUGAGCGAGGGGCCUUCAACAAAUUACAUAAACUGAAAGUGGUCAUUCUGAAUGACAAUCUCAUUCAGAGCCUUCCCGAUAACAUUUUUCGUUUUGCAUCCCUUACACACCUGGAUAUACGAGGGAACAGGAUACAAACGCUACCUUAUAUUGGACUUCUGGAACACAUUGGAAGAAUUGUUGAACUGCAGCUGGAGGACAACCCUUGGAAUUGCACCUGUGAUUUGCUGCCUUUAAAAACCUGGCUGGAGAAUAUGCCCUAUAAUAUCUAUAUUGGUGAAGCCAUGUGUGAAGACCCUAGUGACCUGUAUGGGAGGCUUUUGAAAGAAACUACCAAGCAGGAGCUAUGCCCUGUGGGAACAGGUGGUGAUUUUGAAGUUCAGAUGCCACCGUCACAGCCAGAAAAUGGGCAGAUGAACGUUCAGCCCACAAUGGUACCGCCCCUCUUUACCAAAGCACCCAAAACAACCAAUCCCUCAAAGAUAUCAGGUAUUGUUUUUGGGAAUGUGUUCACUGGAGCUCAAAACCUUAGCCAGGUUUUGAUUUAUCAGACGAGGAUCCCUCCGGUUUCCCCCUGUCCGCCUCCUUGCACAUGUAAAGCUCACCCCUCUGACUUUGGCAUCAGUGUCAGCUGCCAGGAAAGGAAUAUAGAAAAGGUUACAGAUCUGACGCCCAUGCCAGUGAACGCCAAGAAGCUGCACCUCAGCGGCAAUUACGUGAGAGUCAUCACCUCAAAUGAUUUCCAAGGGAUUGAAGGUUUGGAUUUGUUACAUUUGGGCAGUAAUCAAAUAGUCACGGUUCAGAAAGGAGCAUUUGCUAAUUUGACCAGCCUUCGUAGGCUUUAUUUGAAUGGAAAUCAGCUUGAGUAUCUGUAUCCUGAGAUGUUCCUUGGACUGACUAACCUCCAAUAUCUGUACUUAGAGUACAAUGCAAUUAAGGAGGUGUUUGCAGGCACGUUUGACCCAAUGCCAAACCUACAGCUUUUGUACUUGAACAAUAAUGUGCUGAGGAGCCUUCCAGCUUAUAUUUUUGCCAGGAUUCCUGUUGCCAGGCUGAAUCUGAAGAACAAUCAUUUCAGGUAUCUGCCUGUGAGUGGCGUUCUAGACCAGCUCACAUCCCUCACUCAGAUCGACCUGGAAGGCAAUCCGUGGGAUUGCACUUGUGAUUUAGUGGCUUUGAAGCUCUGGUUGGAGAAGCUGACGGACGGUACAGCCGCCAAGGAUGUGAAGUGCGUGUCCCCAGUUCAGUUCUCAAACAUUGAGCUACGGGUGCUGAAAAACGAAAUCUUGUGCCCCAAACUCAUAGCAAAGCCACCGCUGAUAGUGGUCAACCCAGAGGUGACCUCCACACCUCCUGCGGGUGGGAGCAGUGCAUCCCCUGGUGGGCCGGUGCCUUUCUCCAUCAUGAUCUUGAGUAUCCUGGUUGUGCUGGUCCUCACUGUGUUUGUGGCAUUUUGCCUCCUGGUCUUUGUGCUGAAGUGUGCUAGGAAACCUGCUCGGGGUCACGAGGGCUUUGGGAAUCAGGAGUGUGGGUCCAUACAGCUCCAGCUCAGGAAGCAGGACCAGAAGUCCAAUAAGAAAGACCACCUGGGUGGGGAAACUUUCAUCCCCCAAACCUUUGAAAACAUUAGCACAAGUCACACCUGUGGACUGAGGGAUUCUGACCUAACAUUCGCUGACUCGCAGAGGCUGUUUUACAGAAACACCUUAGAUGACGAUAUGGAUAUACUGGACCCCAGACAGACAGCACUGAGCACCAUCGAUGACAUGGACAAAUACCUGCCUGGAAGAGACUCAAAUAUAUUCUUUCAGAACUUUUUGAAAAGCAAAACAGAUUUCAGCAGUAUAGGCCUCGCUGGCUUUGAGAUACGAUACCCUGAGAAGUCACAGGACAAGAAGAAAUCUCUAGUUGGGGGGAGCCACAGCAAGAUGGUGGCAGAUCAACGAAAGGGUGACUUCUUUGAAUUGAAGUCAAAGCUGCAAGGUAGCCCAGACUACCUCCAAGUGCUAGAGGAACAUACAGCUCUUAGUAGAAUGUAG